AUGGCCGAGUUUCAAGAUGCCGUCGCUUCCCAGCCCAACCACCAGCUGAUGCAGAACGUCGUCACCCAGCACGACGUCAACGAUGUCGCCCUCAACCGCAACAUCGUCGCCGAGGCAACCCACAGCUUCUCCACCGUCCUCGACGACUGGGGCGUCACCAACCAGGCGCGAUCCGGUCGCUGCUGGAUGUUUGCCGGUCUCAACCUGUUCCGCUCGGAGACCCGCAACAUCCUCAACGUCAAGGAGUUCGAGUUCAGCCAGAGCUACGUCAUGUUCUGGGACAAGAUGGAGCGCGCCAACUACAUCCUUGAGGCCGUCAUCGAGACCGCCGACCGGCCGAUUGACGACCGCGUCGUGGCCUGGCUCCUGCGGCAGCCCCUGGGCGACGGCGGCCAGUGGGAUAUGUUCGUCAGCCUCGUGCGCAAGCACGGCGUCGUUCCGAAGACCGUCAUGCCCGAGACCGAGAGCUCCGGCAAUUCCAUGCGUAUGAAUGCCGGCCUCAACUACCAGGUCCGCCAGGGCGCCCGCGACAUCCGCCGCCUCUACGCCGACGAGGCCGGCCUGGGCGCCAUGCGGGACGCGAAGCAGGAAGCUCUCCGCGCCGUCUACCAGAUCCUCUGCAUUCACCUGGGCAACCCGCCGGCCCAGUUCGAUUGGCAGUGGAAGGACAAGGACGGCGAGUUCCACCGCGACGGUGAGAUGACGCCCCUCGAAUUCGCCGAGAAGUACAUCAGCACUCCCAUGGAGGAUUUCGUCUGCCUCGUCAACGACCCACGCGGCUCCAGCCCGCCGGACCGCACCUACACCGUCCAGUACCUCGGCAACGUAGUGGACGGCGCCCGCAUCACCUACCUGAACGUCGACAUCGACAUCAUGAAGGACAUCGCCAUGCGGAUGCUCCAGGACGGCAUGCCCGUCUGGAUGGGCUGCGACACCGGCAAGCAGAUGCACCGCGACAAGGGCCUGUGGGACGCCGAUCUCUUCGACUACGCCAGCGUAUACAACGCCGAUUUCGAGAUGGACAAGGCGGAACGGCUGGAUUACCACCAGACCGCCAUGACCCACGCCAUGCUCUUCACCGGCGUCGACGUGGUUGACGGCAAACCCCGCCGCUGGCGUGUCGAGAACAGCUGGGACGACAAGGUCGGCCAAAAGGGUUUCUUCCUGAUGAACGACUCCUGGUUCGCCGAGUACAUGUUCGAGAUCGCCGCGCCCCGGAGCUACUUGCCCCAGGAACUGCAGGACGCCCUCGACCUCGAACCCAUCGUCCUCCCGCCGUGGGACCCGAUGGGGUCACUGGCCGGUGCCUGA